UUGCAGUACAGUUUCUAUAUUCCAAAGGAUUAAGCAAAAAGGAUCCCGACCAAGAUACUAAACAGGACGACGACUCUGAUCCCUUCUGGAACAGGUUGGAAAACAAGUACAAGUAAUCCACUGUGUCCCUUGUAGGAGGCAUGGACGGUAGCAGAGGCCUCAGUGUUCCCCCUUGUUCUUCCCCACUCCUCCCUCCAUUGAAGGCAGUAGUUCGAUGCCUGCUUCAUCUCACUGUUGUUGUUAUAGCUGUCCUUUUUAGCUGUGUCCAGAAGUUGUUCUCAGACAAUGUUGGGAAAAAUACAAUAAAAAGAAAAGAUUCCUCUACUACAAGCAACGCCCAAGGUCCAAGGAAUGGCCCUGUAACCUGUGAACAGAAUGGACCACGGCCAUUGACAAUCCACCCUGAAAGGCUGAAAGACUUUGUGGAGGAAGAAUAUCUAAAUGGAGAUUUGACAACAUGGGAAAUGAAAGUAGUAGAACCUCCAGAGGAACAACUAAAAGAAUCUGCUGAACCAGUUGCUCCAAAAACUCGUAAGCCCAGUGUGAAACCAAAAAAUGAGUUCCUGCGAUUUGAGGAUAUCAGUGCGGCUGCCUUCAAAACUCAGAAUGGUGUCCAGAAAACACCCUGCAUGUAUUCAAGAAUUUCAAAGCAGUAUGGUGUGGAUAUUUACCUAAAGAAAGAAUUUCUGCAGUACACGGGGUCUGUGAAGGAGAGGGGUGUGCUAUAUCUACUCACAUCACUUAAUCAGGAACAACAGCGAAAAGGAGUAAUCGUGGCUUCUGACAGUAAUUUUGCCAUGGCUGCGGCAUUCCAUGCCUCUGAGUUACAGAUUCCUGUGUUUGUCAUCAUGUCAGCAGGAACAUCACCAAGCCGGGUCAGAAUGUGCCGUGAUUAUGGUGCCAUGGUUAUAUUAUUUGGCCCAACAGCAAGAGAUGCACAGAGUCAUGCCAGGCAACUUGCGCAAGAGAAUGGUUACCUCUAUGUAGAGGAGGAAGACAGUGCUGGAUAUCUUGCUGGCCUUGGCACGGUUGGCCUGGAGAUUUACGAGCAGGUUCCUAAUUUGGACGCAGUGAUAUUCCCAGCUGGUGGCCAGUGUGGCUUACUGGCUGGAUCAGCAACUGCUCUCAAGCACCUGAACCCCAAAAUUUCAGUCAUCGGAGUUGAAUGUGAGAAGUUUCCUGUCGUGCAACAAUCCUUAAAAACUGGACACUGUUUGACAGAACAUGACUACGUCACCCACCCCUUGUAUGGAGAACUGGGUGGGCCUUCAUUUGGUGCCAAUACAUUGAAGUUAGCAAAGAAACAUGUAGAUCAGGUGAUCUCAGUAAGGGAAGAGGAUGUUUUACUGGCCAUGCUAAGGCUGCUGGAGUAUGAACGAGCGACUGCUGAUGCAGAAGGCGCAAUGGGACUGGCUGCAAUAAUUGCAGAUGCAAUACCAGAUCUAAAAGGGAAGAGAGUGGCUAUUGUUGUGUGCAGUGGGAAUCUGCCUUUGCCUUUACUGCGUCACUGCCUGGAUCGUGCGCUGGUAUUGGAUCACAGAGUCUGCAAAUUCUCUGUGGUGCUGACAGACUUUCCUGGGGAAAUCUCAAAACUCCUGGAGACCAUUGGACGAGAAGAAGCCAGGGUUCUGGACAUGCAGAAAGAAAACAUUUUUCUGAACACGCAUCUGUUCACGUUAGAGGUUACCUGUCUGGUAGAGACCAGAGAUAAAACCCACACGACACAACUGAGAAAUGCGCUUACAGAAAAGUACUCAACACUCAAAUGGGUAGAGCAAGGAAGGAAAUAAACCAGGAACAAAUCAGUUUGAUGGACAACUGAAAGCCUUAACCGCUUCACUGCCACACAAGGCUGCUCAUGCAAUGUUUUACUUAUGAAUGUAUCUAUAUGGGAAAGGCUUUGGGAAAAGUAGUUGAACUCUGUUAACAAUGGGACUUGUAAAUGUAAAAAAAAAGUAACUUUGUAGCAAUGGCGGAGUUGUUUGGUUUACAAAUAUAGAAAAAUAGCCACUACCUACUUAAAUGUAAUAAACGUUUAGUAUGCUUUUUAAAGUGUAAUUAAAAAAAAAAGUCUCCUCCUUUAUUAUUUAUAGCCAAAAUAUAAUUUAAAGAGAUAACUAAGCAAUAGUUAUUUUAGUAGGGAUUCAUUACAGGGUUGCAUUAAAGUAAGUGCUGCCCUGUAGGGUGAAUCUGUUAUAAGCAUUUAUAAU